AAGAGUCUGAGAUCAAUGUUGUCACAAUGAACAUAAAAAAACUGAAGUCUGACACUAAACCUCCUGGCCCUGAGCUCGACUCCGUCCUAAUGGACCCAGAUGUGACUGAUGCUUUUGUGUUCAGCUUCAACUCUCUGAGUUAUAAAGAACCAUACCUGGACCAAAUAUCACAGGCAGCUGAGAACUUCAAGAGUGGUUCCACCAUCUGUAGCACACCUGAACAGGACCCAAGAGAGGAAAAUGAUCUUCCCUGGUACAGGAGACCAGAAGUGAAGGAGGUCCUAGAUUAUGCACGUGAUGUCUUUAACCAAGCAUCCCUCAAGCACAAAGUCAUCAGUUUCAUAUCUGCCCCAGAGUACCCAGGAGCAUCUGUCCAGUGGUAUCACAAGGCAUUGUUGAGAGAUCCACAUGUAACAAACCCAGUUAAAACAUUUGCCUGUGAGCUCAAACUGGACCCGAACACGGCUGAACAACAUGUCCUGCUGUCUGACGGGAACAGGAAGGCGACGCGUUUUAAUGUGCAGAAGUAUCCUGAAGACCCAGACAGAUUUGUAGGCUGUUCUCAGGUGCUGAGCACAGAGCCUCUGCCUGGACUCUGCUACUGGGAGUGUGAGUGGCGUGGGCAUGUUGCUGUGGGAGUGGCCUAUACGAGCAUGAGCAGGAGUGAAUGGAUCGGAUCCUCUCCCAAGGCCUGGUGUCUGGACUGUUACCCUGACAAAUACAUAGCCAUGCAAAAUGGAAAUGAGUUUCCAUUACCUCCCCCCAGAGGCUCCAUAAGAGUAGGAGUGUAUCUGGACCGUGAGGUCGGCACUCUGUCCUUCUACAGGGUCUCCUCUGAUACUCUCACACACCUGCACACGUUCACCACCACAUUCUCUGAUGAGCCCCUCUAUGCAGCGUUUUAUGUUGAAUUUGCCUGCUUACUGUCUCUGAUCUAG